AUGGCCGCUAAUCAAUCAAAUAUCGGCAUUCCGCCUGAGCAUGAGGCUUCAUUCAAAACAUUCACUCAAUCAACCGAAGAAAAGGGGUUUUUGACUCGACCUGAGAGUCUAGAAAGCCGGGACCUGUGUGACGGGUUAUCAGAUCCUCCCACCCUUCUGCGAUUUCUAAUCGCCCGUCGAUUUGACCCCGACGGUGCUCUCAAACAGUUCCAGGAGGCAUACGAAUUCCGCGAAGAGAAGCACAUCCUCCGGCUUUACGAUUUAGUCGACAUUGCCAAUUUCGAGCAAGCGCGUCAAAUUUACCCCCAUUGGACUGGUCGUAGAGACAAAAAAGGGUUACCCAUUUUCAUGCUCGACUUGGAUCAUCUUGACAAAGAUGCUGUUGCACGCUGGGAAUCAACGCGCAAAAACAGCCCCUGGAUAUAUUCCCAAUCUGAAAAAGUCGAAACACCAACUCCCGACAUGUUGCAAUUGGCUUCUGUUUACCAUGACAAUCUCAUUCGGUUCAUCCUUCCGCUUUGCUCGAUGAUGACGGACAGGCCGAACCCUUCAAUUCCAGUGACCAAUUCGAUAUAUGUUGUGGAUGCAUCGAAUUUGGGCUUAAAGCAAUCGUGGGGGUUGCGAUCAUUUGCGCAAGAGAUUAGUUGGCUGUUAUCAACAUGUUACCCAGAGACUAUCGAACGGGUCUUUGUAUGCAAUGCGCCCUCAUAUUUCAGCACUAUCUGGAAGUUCAUGAAGAGCUAUGUCGACCCUCAUACUGCAGAAAAGAUCGAGGUGCUCAUGAGUUCGGAGGUCCUUCCUACGCUCAGAGAGUAUAUCGACGAUGCGAACAUUCCAGUCAAGUUUGGGGGGAACUUUCAAUAUACCAAUGGAAUGCUGCCAGAUCUCGACGAUGAUAUCCAGAAGCUUUUGAACUCAGAUUCAGCGACAUCUCUGCCUCCUGGUCCCUUGAAAUGGGUUCAAGACUCAGAUGGUAGACGAACUGCAUUGGCUGUUGGAAGCAAGGCCGGCUCCGAGAGGAGCGAUAUCAUUGCAACACUUAAUCGAAUUUGGCAAUGA